AUUGCAGCCGUGCGUGUGACGAAAGUUGAUUCGCGUGGAAAGAGUUUGAUUUUUCCUGUGAAAGUGUGCAAAAUGAACAAAAUUGCGGUGAAUUUACUGCUGAGAGGUGCCAGCUUUAGAAUACCGCAACAGUCGUACCAUUUACUGAGGAGAAAUUACAGUUUUAAGAGCGAUAUUUCGCUGGACAAAAUUUACCCCUCUAGCAAUUUACGGUUGUACACUCCUCCACCGCCGUCUUCAUCGGGUGAUAAAUUCAACGGAUUCAUCCCACUGGACAAGUUGGAAGUAACCCACAGCCGCAGCAGUGGUCCCGGAGGUCAGAAUGUCAACACUGUUAGCACAAAAGUCGAUAUACGUUUUCACUUGGAAUCGGCCAGCUGGCUACCGGAAGGCACCAGAAAGCGAUUGGCUGAAUUGCAAAAGAACCGUGUUACCAAGGAUGGAUACCUGUUCGUCCGAAGUGAACUGACCCGCUCACAGCAGAUGAACACUGCCGAUGCUUUGGAGAAGCUACGAAACUUCAUCCGGGAGGCGGAAAAACCCCUGGCUGCGGAGCUGUCACCGGAGACUUUGGAAAGGCUUCGCCGCCGCCACGAGAAGGCCGCCCGUGAACGUUUGGCAAUAAAGCGCAGUCGGUCGCAAACAAAGGUCGACCGACGAGCGCCCACGUUGUAAGAAUGUUUUUGCGAGGGUUUAAAUGUCUGGUUAUAGAAUAAAAAUACGCAUAGA